AACACUGAUAUCAAGCAAGGGCUGAGGACAAGAGGCUGAUACAGUAAGAUAGCUUCUAGUGUUAAACAUGGAUAAAUACAAAUGUUAGAUUUUCUGUCAUUAAGAUGAUCUACAACAUUGCAUAAAAUUAGUGAAUUGGGCUACUAGGUUACUGUCCAUUGUAAUGAGCCAUUAACGUUUAAAGUUGUCAUCAUGUCAUGUCUUCAGGUGAAUGCAGAUAACCUUACUACUAGUAGUAGGACCCAUUGGUUCUGUUAAAUUGUUAAACAUUUAUUUAACAUUAAAUGUUAAAUAAUUUGGGAAAGCUAAAAGUUUAACCAAUUACAGUUUGAAGAAAUACCUCAAACCCCAGCGGUAUCAUAAUGAGAUCCAGAGUGUUAACGUUAAAUCUACAAAAGUUGUUAACGUCAUCGCCAAGUCUGUCGAUACAUGGCCGUAGUUGUUCUGUGAGUGCAUCGGUCAACAGGAACGUUAAUGUUAAACAAAAAGACGAAUUGUUCAAGACGAAGUUGGCGACUGGACCAGGGUUUCAUGACUUCAUCAAAGAUGCUUCUGCCAGCAAGAAAUCGACAAGCAUCAAUCAGGAAUCCGACAAUAGACAUGCAUAUCUUCCUGAGGACGCCACGGAUGGAAAUUCAAGGAAAGUGUUUUUUGAAACCUAUGGCUGUCAGAUGAACGUCAAUGAUACUGAGAUUGCUUGGUCAAUUCUGCAGAAAAAAGGAUAUCUCCGAGCCAAAGAACUCACUGAGGCAGAUGUUGUUCUCCUAGUCACAUGUUCAGUCAGAGAGAAGGCAGAGCAGACCAUCUGGAACAGACUUAAACAGCUCACUGCUCUCAAAAAGAAGCGAACAAAAGCUCAGGGUCCCAUGAAGAUUGGACUUUUAGGUUGCAUGGCAGAGCGUCUGAAAUCAGAGCUACUGGAACGGGAGAAGCUUCUAGAUAUUGUGGCGGGUCCGGAUGCAUACCGGGACCUCCCCCGCUUGUUGGCUCUGGCCUCUGGUGGACAGCGAGCCAGCAACGUGCUUCUCUCCCUGGAGGAGACCUAUGCUGAUGUCAUGCCUGUGCAUCACACCACAGGACACAGUGCCUUUGUGUCCAUCAUGAGGGGUUGUGACAACAUGUGCAGCUACUGCAUUGUGCCUUUCACACGGGGUCGGGAGCGGAGCAGACCAGUGCCCUCCAUCCUGGAGGAAGUCCGGCUCCUCUCCGAGCAGGGGGUCCGGGAGGUCACGCUUCUGGGCCAGAAUGUGAACAGCUACCGGGACACAUCUGAGCAGCAGUUCUGUGGGUCAGAGCCGACUCGGCUCAGCUGUGGCUUCAGCACCGUGUACCGGAUCCGCCAGGGAGGCCUGCGGUUUGCUGACCUGCUGGAUCGCGUGUCACUCAUUGAUCCCAACAUGAGGAUCCGCUUCACGUCCCCCCACCCAAAAGACUUUCCAGACGAGGUGCUGCAUCUGAUCCAGGAGCGGGGGAACAUCUGCAAGCAGAUCCACCUGCCAGCGCAGAGCGGCAGCAGUCGCGUUCUCCAGGCCAUGCGCCGCGGGUACACAAGGGAAGCCUAUCUUGAACUUGUGGAAAAUGUUUGCCGCAUAAUUCCUGGGGUGAGCCUGAGCAGUGACUUCAUCGCUGGCUUCUGCGGGGAGACGGAGGAGGACCACCUGGAGUCGCUCUCUCUGCUCCGAGCCGUGCGUUACAACGUGGGCUUCCUCUUCGCCUACAGCAUGAGGAAGAAGACCCAUGCGUACCACCGUCUCCAGGACGACGUCCCAGCAGAGGUGAAGCAACGGCGACUGCAGGAACUCAUCUCCGUGUUCCGAGAAGAGGCGGUCCGUGUCAACAGCAGCCUUGUGGGCAGCACCCAGCUCGUCUUGGUGGAGGGAGAGAGCAAGAGAUCUGCUCAGGAGCUGUCUGGCAGGAGUGAUGGCAAUGUGAAGGUGAUCUUCCCCAAACAGGAAGUGCCUGGCCUGGACCCUGGGUCCUACGUGGAGCCUAUCAAACUGGGAGACUACAUACUGGUCAAGAUUACCUCCGCCAGCUCCCAGAGUAUGAGAGGCUAUCCUGUGUGCCGCACCACACUGAGUGAGGCCACUCUUUACUCACCUGACACCCUCCUCAGCACCCUGCAGCAGCAGCACUCCACCGCUGAGCCUCCCAAAGACAGCCACGUACACUCCUGUGGCUAACAGACCGUGUGGACAUUCAGACUGAGAUUGAAAGAGGGAGAGUGAAAAAUGUUCCCUUGUAGAGAGAGAGAGAGAAAAAAGCACUCUGGAGAAGGAGUGGUUAAAAACCCAAAUGUAUUUAUUGUAAUGCUCGAACAUGGAAGGCACAGAUCCACCACAGCCAAACAGAAUGUACUGCAAAGAAAUGCAUAUGUGGUUUAUAAAAAAGACCACAGACGUGUGCAGGUUCAAGUCUUUGGCUCUCAUUAAUUACACCCUGAUGCACUAUGCGGAGAAGACUUUGCUGACUAGGAGGCCGGAAUGGAGGGAUAGAAGGAAAGAAGGAUGGAGGGAUGGGGUAGAGAGAUCGAGGAAACGACUGACUCAUCCUCUGAACUGAACAUCUGUUCCAAUCAGCAUGAAGUCCUGAGAAGGGAGAGAGCAAAUGACUGAGUCAGCACUUUGACAAUGCCCUUACAGUUACACAGCUACACCUGAUGGUGUUUGUAUAAUGUUUGUUUUAUAGACUGUGUAAACCAUGCAUUUAUAAGGUAUCACAAUACCGUAUAUUUUCUCAGGUUUUUAUUUAAGCAGUUAUAUCUAACUAACCAGCAGUUUUCAACUAAUGUUGAGUGAUGUUACUUAGCUUUUAUUCAGGAUUAUGUACUUGCAGGGCAUUAGUGUGUGCUUAAUUUAAUUUGAAAUCUGGAUGUAAGGACAUCAUGAAAAUAAAGAUAGCUCUCCUAUU